GCCCCGAGGAGAGGGCGAGGGAACGGGAGCGGGAGCGGUGCCGCCCGCGGCGCAUGAUGUGGGUGCCGCUGCUGGCGUGCCUCACCGCGGGGAUCGUCUCCGUGCCCAAGUGCCAGCGCGGCCCCGGAGCCCUCCUAGGGGCGGCCCGGCUGCUGGCGGCCGUGCCGGGACUCUGCCAGCGCCCGGAAAACAGAUGUGCCACUUCGAAUGCAGCAACAUGCACAAAGUGUCUUGCUUUGGGUCCAGAGUGUGGAUGGUGUGCUCAAGAGGAUUUCAUGGCCGACGCAACACAGAAAGGACGCUGUGACACUGUUUUCAACUUAAUGAAAAGAGGCUGCCAAUCAGAUUUUGUGGAAAAUCCCACAGUUCAUGUCACAAUACCCAGUGACCAUGAAACAAAUACACAAGUGACACCAGGAAAAGUUUCAGUCCAACUGCGUCCAGGAAGUGAAGCAAACUUUAUGUUAAAAGUUCGUCCUCUGGAGAAAUACCCUGUGGAUCUUUAUUAUUUAGUUGAUGUCUCGGCCUCUAUGCACAACAAUAUAGAAAAGCUAAACUCUGUUGGGUUUGCUUUAUCAAAAAAGAUGGCAAAUAUUUCUCUUGAUUUUCGACUUGGAUUUGGAUCCUAUGUGGAUAAAACUGUGUCACCCUAUAUCAGCAUUCAUCCAGGUAGAAUCCAUAACCAAUGCAGUGAUUAUAAUUUAGAUUGUAUGCCUCCUCACGGUUAUAUUCACGUGCUGUCCCUGACUGACAAUAUAGCAGAAUUCAAAAAUGCAGUGAAUAAACAAAAAAUUUCUGGGAAUAUUGAUACACCUGAAGGGGGUUUUGAUGCGAUGCUCCAAGCAGCAGUGUGCCAGAGCCAUAUUGGAUGGCGUAAAGAAGCAAAGCGACUGCUUCUCGUGAUGACAGAUCAAACUUCCCAUCUGGCCCUUGAUAGUAAAUUAGCGGGGAUCGUAAUUCCCCAUGAUGGAAACUGUCAUUUGAAAGAUAAUGUGUACAUCAAAGCUACGAGUAUGGAGCAUCCAUCUCUUGGGCAGCUCUCUGAAAAAUUGAUUGACAAUAACAUCAAUGUUAUUUUUGCAGUUCAAGGAAGCCAGUUCCAUUGGUAUAAAGAUCUGUUACCUCUGUUGCCUGGUACUGUUGCAAGACAGAUAGAAUCACAAGCAGCAAAUCUCAAUGAUUUGGUGGUAGAAGCCUAUCAGAAACUAAUCUCUGAAGUAAGAAUUCAAGUCGAUAACCAGAUCCAAGGUCUUCAUUUCAAUAUCACUGCAAUCUGUCCUGAUGGAAGUAAGAAAACUGGCAUGGAAGGAUGUAAAAAUGUGGGAUAUAAUGAAGAAGUGCUUUUCAACGUAUCGGUUACAAUGACAGGGUGUGAUACAACUGGAGGAAGAAAAUAUGCAAUACUUAAGCCUAUUGGUUUCAAUGAAACCGCUGUGGUUAAUGUGGAGCAAAGCUGUGCCUGUCAGUCUGGAGACAGCACAAAGCACAAAAGAGUAUGGGCUGAGGAAACUUCUUCUGAUGGCAAACAGGCCCAUUGCCAGGACAAUAACUGUAGCUCUAAUAAAGACACGCUCCCUUCAGAGAUGUGCAGACAACACCAGGACCAGCCCAUCUGCAGCGGUCAAGGAAGUUGCAUAGAUGGAAAAUGUUUCUGCUACAAAAGCAAGCUGGGCAAGGUGUAUGGCAAAUACUGUGAAAUGGAUGAUUUUUCCUGCCCGUAUCACCAGGGAAACCUAUGUUCUGGUAAUGGUGAAUGUGAAGCUGGUAAAUGCAAAUGCUUUGCUGGCUGGGAAGGUGACCGUUGCCAGUGCUCGUUACAAUCAGCAAAGCACUGCCUGAAUUCAAAGGGCCAGAUUUGCAGUGGAAGAGGAAAAUGUGUCUGUGGAAAGUGUGAGUGCACGGAUCCGAGGAGCUUUGGCCGUUUGUGUGAAUAUUGCCCGACUUGUAACAAAGCCUGUGAAGAAAACUGGAAUUGUGUUCAGUGCCAUCAUUCUAACAAUGCAUCUCAAGCUAAACUUGACCAGUGCACAACUUCAUGUGCUUACCUGCUGCAUUACAUUGACCAAACUUCAGAAUGUUUCUCUGGACGAAGCUACUUCAGAGUCUUUUCCAUAAUCUUUAUAGUUACCUUUCUGAUCGGGUUACUUGUUGUCCUUAUCAUCAGGCAGAUAAUUCUGCAGGGGAGUAGCAAUAAAGUUAAAUCUUCAGCUGAUUACAGAAUAUCUGCAACAAAGAAGGAUAAGAUGUUUUUGCCCACUGUUUGUACAAGAACAGUAACAUACAGACGUGACAAACCAGAGGAAAUAAAUAUCGACAUCAGCAAGUUACGAUUAAACGAAAGUUUCAAGUGCGAAUUCUGAAGACAGUGCGUUUUCUGCAAAUGUUUAUUUCCAUCGUGCACGACUUUUAAAAAGUUACCUUUUGUACUCUGUGGGAGUCUUGACUGUUGCCGUUUGGUUUUGUGUCAUGCAUUUUGUUGAAUACUGUAACAAAGUGACCUGUGAGCAUAUUCACGUAACGUGACUAUGUUUGAAACUCUAGCUGCUGUAUUUUUUAAAUUUUUUUUUUUUUUUUUGAAAGAGAAAUGUGCGUUACUACUGUUCAGGAACGUUAGUGUUGAUGUAGCACUUUAGUGUUAUUCUAAUUUAUUUAGUUACGGCCUAGAAUGUAGAUAUGAACUGGUCUGACAAAGCACUGAUCUCACUCUACAUGUAGCUAGUACUGAUGUGCUCUGUGGGAAUGGGCAAAAACUGUGACUGAGAUAUUAACAUUGCUGUAUAUUAUAGCAAUAGAUAAAACUAUUUGAAUGCUCUUAAAUAGAGUAAAUGGUACUUUUGUAGUUCUCUUGGUUAACUAAAUUCCACCGAUUUGUCUGCUUUAGCCUCUUAGCUUCUCCUCAUUACUUAAUAAAAAAGACUGGAUUAAAUGAGCGCUUAGUGACUGGUGUGGGUGUAUAGUUGUGUGUGUGUAUGCACACACAUGCAUGCACACACAUAGGUAAAUUAGAUAUAUAUAGUUUUUUAUACAUUAUGAUGUCACUCGAUAAUUUAUAUCUGAUAAAGAGUAAUUUUUAGCUUUUCUACGUGUUUCAACAUAUAAAUUUAUACGUGAAUUUUAUGGUAUUUGGAAACUGAUUGGCUACACAAAAGAAGAGAGUUCCUCUGUCAAACAGCAUAGUCUUUGUGAUGCUCACUGCCAGCUGACCCCACCUUUGGAGUCAGCAGCAUCAACUCCAUUGCAAGCAGAUAAAUUGCACCAGAGCUGUGUUUGGUUUGCUAGCUACAUGUCAGUGUUUUGCCAAAUAAGGGUUUUGUUCUUUUUGUAUGAUGCCAGACGUAAGUCUGAUUUUACACACGUGCUCUUUUUUCCCGUGUAAAUUAGUUGAGAGGAUUAGAUUUCAUGAGUCCUUACGUAACCACUUCAAUUUUUGUGACUGUGCACUGUGAGAAAUGUGUCCAGUGUGAUGUGGAAAAGAACCUGCGAUUUGGAAGAAGGUGAAGAAAACAGGAGUCUUUUUUUCAAGACAACACAUUCAUUGACUUUAUAAAUGCGGAAUCAAAUCCUGCCUUUAGAAAUGGGCAAAACUCUUCUAAACACAGCGGGACCAACAUGAGCUUAUCUGAGAGCAGAAUUUGAGCUACAAGGUCAAGCAGAAGCAUUUUCUUACCCCCUCACCCAGCUGUAGUGCUACAAGACAUGUUAUUGUUAUGUGCUAGUUGGGAGAGUCAGCCAACGGUCUGAUUCACUGACUAUAUGCUGCCGGAACCCUACAAAAAUCUGAUAAACCUCUAAUGCACUAAAAUAUUGCUGGCAAGAAGAAAAAUCAUCUCAGAAGACAUUAUGCAGUGUGGUGUUUUAGCAGCGUUAAUUACUGAUGCUAAAUAUUGAAUCAUAGAAUCACAGAAUCAUAGAUUACCAUGUUGGAAGGGACCUCCCGGUCCAACCUCUCAUGGCCCAGCACCCUGCCCAGAUGAAUCUUAAAAGUGUCUGUUGGUCUGUUGGUCAUAGAUAAGAGUUACAGAAACAAAGCAGGACCUCUUGAUAGGCAGUUUUGAGAAAUUACUGCAUAUUCGUAUUUCCUAUUCUGUAUUUAUUCUGUAAAUUCCCACUGAAAUCUGAGGAGUGUACGUGUGAAAGGAAGGCAGGGUGCAGAAGAAAUUAUAAGUGUUACGUGAGCGUUCACAGUUUAUUGGGUCAUGGAUCAAGUGGGAUUGAGAAAAAUAAUACAGAGACAAUGGGCCUUCCAUUAAACUGCCAUAAGAGCUUUAGAUUUUAGGGAUUGGUUUUAAAAAAAAUAUAAACUGGACUAUUAAAUGUUUCUAAAGCAGUCUUCAAAGUAGUCCCUGAGCAUUCUACAAUAUACAUUUAAAGAAAAGGGGGUUUCCUUACACUGACCCUGAUUUUAGUGAUAACUUCAUUGUAAUAUCUUAAUUAUAGAUUAAUUCUGUAAUCUAUCAAGUAUACCUUAAACUUUCAUUUUCUUUUAAAAUACAUAGAACUAUUUUCCUCUUCUGUAAAUUAGCAGAUUCUAAACCAUUGGUUUCAGUGGUGUUAAGAUAAAAGGUUGAUAAAAACUUACCUGCUAUUGUCCUUGAUACAAUUUGUUAGUAUUUUUAAGUGAGCAGGAAACAAAGUCUCUGGUUAUCUGUUUCACUUAACAACAACAAAAAAAAAAAUUAAAAGCACAGUGGAGAGUAUCUGAGUAUAUUACAAAAGAUGUGAUUUUGUUCUUUAAACAGUGUGAUGAUUGUUUUGAACAAAAAAGAUUCCUCAGAUGCGUUUCCCAUAAUGGCCUUUAAAGCAUUUACUGAAGUGAUAGCUAAUGUUUUGGUUUUUUUCUUUAGAAAUUACUUUUCACUGUUAGAAGGAGUUAAAUGAUGUGGGUAGGGGAUAAUGGAGUUGGGUUCUUUGUGGAAGAAAGAUUUGAGCUGUAACACCCAUCCUUCAGAGGCGUCACACUGCUACUGCUGUUCUCCUGCGGUGCUGCCUGCCAAGGGGCACGGCCAGUAUUUCUGUAUCAGACACCUGCCUGAAGGUUUAAAAUGUUCUGGCCAAAUGGAGCACGCUCACAGGACAGAUUGCACUGUAAGCUGCUUGCUGGCCUGAGG